GCGAGCGCGCGCCUGUCUUGGGAAACGCCCCCACGAUCGAUCCGACCCGGGCAACGGUUACACCCUCACACGAGGAGUGUUGGCUGUGCUUCAUCUUGCGACCACAGGCUGCCCUAAGUGUGUAGACCCCGCGCCAUGUCGGGAGCUCUGAGCAAGCGCCAGCAGGCCCGGAACGAGAAGCUCCUCCAGGAGCUUGUCCACAAUGUUCCGGGCAAUCAACUGUGCGCUGAUUGUCACGCGCGCAACCCAGCUUGGGCAUCAUGGAGUUUGGGUGUCUUCCUCUGCAUGAGAUGUGCUGCGAUCCAUCGAAAGUUGGGCACGCACAUUUCCAAGGUCAAGUCCCUGAGCAUGGACAGCUGGUCCAACGAGCAAGUCGACAAUAUGCGCAAGGUUGGCAACAUGACCUCGAACAAUCUUUACAAUCCUGAACAUCGAAGGCCUCCUGUCCCCGUCGACGCCGAUGAAGCCGACUCGGCAAUGGAGCGAUUCAUCCGCCAGAAGUACAUGAACAAUGUCGUCAAUGGCUCCGGAAAGCCGCGGUCCCCAAGAAUAGACGAUGACACACCACCGCCAUUGCCCCCCAAGAACUCCAAGUUUGGCUUUCGAUCGGCCUCUUCUAUAUUUCCACUGUCAUCCAAGUCGAAGAAGGACCCCAAGUUGACGGUGACCGCCCAGACGAUACGAAGCCCGUCCCCGAGGCUGACCAACAAGCCAUCCCAGGUGUUUGGUGCGACAUUUGACCUGGACCAACCCGACGACACGGAUCAGAAACUUGUGAGGCUGCGGGACAUGGGUUUCCAGGACACCAAGCGAAAUGCGCUGAUCCUCAAAGGCGUAAACGGAAACCUCGAGCGAGCAAUCGAGGCGCUGGUGCGACUGGGCGAAGGCAGCGGCCGUCCCUCCCCUCUCCCGACCCCAUCGCCGCGAGAGCCUGGAUUGCGCACGUCGAGAUCGUUGACGCCACUCACGCCCAACUCUGGAGGACUGGGGCUUGGUCUCGGCGCAGGUCUGAGUGUUCCCACCCGUUCAGCCACGGACCGACCUGCGACCCCCUCGAGUGCCUCGACGAACCCUUUUGACAACCUAGGUCCGGCACCACCACAGACGGCGCAAUCCACAGGCAGCCUUCAGAACAAGAACCCAUAUGGCCCGACGAAUCCAUUUGGGGCUCCGACCCAGCAGCAGCAGGCUGAUCCCUUCGGCCAAGCUUUCCAGAGCAUGUCUCUCUCCCCAGUGCAACCUCUGUUCCCGCAUCACACCGGAGGGGCAGCCGCGCAACCUGUCCCACAGCAACAGAUACCACAGCAGGCGAUGUAUCAGCAAUCGAUGGGUCCCUCCGCACCCAUCAGCCCCAAUGGCUACCUGCCCAUGGCCUUCAACAACAUGACUUACCCUCAGCCUGUGCAACCACAGCCAACCGGAUACAACCCCUUCUUCUCUAGUCCCUCCAGUCCAGUCCAGCAGCAGCCCCCUCAGGCCCCUCAAAUGCCACUCUCGGUGAAUACGGCACAAUCGCAGGCCUCAUACAACCCCUUUGCGCGCUCCCCGACCCGGAUCGCCUCGCCGAGCCUUGGCCAAAUCCCAGAGCAGUCGCAGACCUCGUACCAGAGUCCUUCUGUUUUCCAGAACAACAUGGUAUUCCAGAGCCCAGCGCCACUGCAGCACCCGGAAACAGCGACAAACCCGUUUUUUGCCAACGCCAGCGUCAAUCAGCCUGCUGCCCAGAUAGGCCAACAAGCAUAUGGUCAGCAGCAAGUAGCGCAACAACAGGCUCCCCAGCAGCAGGCCGCCCAGCAGCAGUUCGGCCAACAAUCGUUUGGACAACAGCUAUUCGGGCAGCAACCGCAGCAGACUCAGAUGCAACUACAGCAGCAACAGCAACUACAGCUACAGCAGCAGCAGCAGCAGCAGCAGCAGCAGCAACAGCAAAUGCAGGCGCAGCAGCAAUUCUACCAACCUCAACGACCCGACAAGGCCUCCAUCAUGGCCCUCUACAGUCAAAUAGCCCCUCAACAGCCUGUCGCUCCUCAAACGGUUCAGCAAACCGUUUUGCCCCCGACGAUUCCCGAGAACCAACCGAUGCAGAUACCAGCCGCGAUGGGGGCGCCUGUCGCCCAGUCUCAAAAUGUGUCGCAGCCACUCUCUCCUACAAAUAAUCCUUUUAUGAAUAAUGUCACACCGACUACUACUACCACUGCCCCAGACCCCUUCGCUGCUAGGAGCAGGGAGAGCAUGAACCUGGGCAUGGAUCUUGCAUGGACGAAUGGCCGGCACAGCCCUGAUGCGUUUGCGAGCCUUAGCGCACGGCAUGUAUGAAGAGACGAGUCAAGCGAGCAUUGGAAAGUGUCUAGGAUAGUAUAUACGAGAUAAGGCAGGUGUAUUGUAUGAUAAUAAUCGUAAUGUUGGUUAACGGCUGUAUAUGGUGGAACAACAGUGGCAUCUUAUUCCUGCUAAAUGAUUUACUGUGUAUGUGUUUAUGAUCAUCCUGCUCUGCAGUUGACUCCUCAACCACGACCGAGUUCGACUUCA